AUGGAUAGAAUUGACAUGAGUUUGGACGACAUCAUCAAGGACAAUAAAAAGAAGUCAAAACAGGCAACAAAGGGAAAUAAUGCAAAUGGCAACAGCACCAAAACGAGUAACGGAAAUAAUUUAAACAACAAUAAUAAGAGUAAAACGGGACCAAUUCGUGCUAGAUCAGCGGGUAAAAAGUUGACUCGACAGAAGGCCAGCCCAUAUCCGAGACCUAAAUCUCUAAAGACAGGAAAUCCGAACGGUGUUUGGCGUCACGACCUUUUCUCAUCUCUUAAUCCUGGUGGACAAACUAAACGACCUGCUCAAACAAAUAAUGGUCUUUCUAUCCAACAUCGUUUGGGUACUGGAAAAACUUCUCCUGGUAAUGGAGUUGCGAAUCGAUUGUCUAUCAAAGGUGUUGCCGGUGGCAAGCAAACAGAAUUUUCUAUCAAGGGAGAAGGUGGUCCAGCUACUAUUUACAUUAACAACUUAGCUCCUGGUACAAGUGCUAAUGAUGUCAAAACCGCCUUUUUGGAAUUUGGCGAUAUUUCAACAGUAAAUAUCAAAGAUGAUAAAAUUACUCGCGGCGCUAUUAGUGCAGAAUUGACUUUUUCAAGCAAGCCUUCUGCUAUUGCUGCCAUAAACAAAUAUAAUACAGCUCUUGUCGAUGGUCGAGUCUUAAAAGUUCAAUUGAAACAAGCCGGAACCAACAAUAAUCUUGGUGCUGCUUCAUACCGGCUUAGAAAUAAGCCCAAUAAGACACAAUUCAGUACGCAAAAUGGGAAACUCUAUUCUGAUCAUUUGACUGGAAAUUCAGGUCAAAAAAAUCGAGGAAAGGGAAAACAACCGUCAUUUAGCGGUGUUUCUUUCUAA